AUACAUGAUCCGCUUCCUUCCCAAGAGACGAGUCGUUUCUUGUGAAUAGGCAUAGCAGCAGAGAGGUCUGUCUCAAAAGGACAUUGAGACCCCAGACGACGAUGGAGGGUGAUAUUGUGGUGUCUUGACAAGUGGUGGCGGUAGAUAUUCGGAUAUAUUACAUCAUCCCCGGACUGUCUUCUGUCCGUCCAUCUCGUUCAAAAGGUGAAUCGAGUCGUUGAUUCGAUUUUGAUCUCGCACAAGAAAGCCAAAAGACUUUUCAAACCUGCCACGUGUCGAGAUGGUUUGCGAAAUAUAUGAUACAUUAUGAGUACAACAAUGCAAAAACACACUUUUCUUUCUUUUCGUGGUGUUCCGGACCUCUUUGAGUGACAACGAAUAUUGACUAGGGAGUACACGCCAGUGGAUAUAUUCAUCAGUGACACGUCGACCCUUGUUUUUUGUUACUGACAAUGACCUCUACAGCGUAGGAGAUAACCACUCUUCAGUGAACAAAUUCAACCAACGCUGAUACUACAAAUCUCUUACCUCGCAUCUUGUUUUUUGGGUUUAUCAACAUCCUCAUCAUAAUACCACCUCACACCAAAAAUGACCGAUCGAAUCGUCAGGGUUACAAUUCAAGGCGCACUUCUAGCCGCAGCUUCCAAUGCCAUCGCCCAAGGCUUCACAGUUUACCGCGAACGAUCCUUCAACGCGCUCGAUUCCCUCACCUUUGUCCAGUUUAUCUUGUUCUCCAUUCUCAACACUCCUCCGAAUUACAUGUGGCAGUUGUGGUUGGAAGACAAUUUCCCGGCCAACCCCAAGAAGAAGCAGAAGAAGAAGAAGGUGAAGAGUGACGAUGCGAAACUGGAUGACGAGGAAGAGAAGAAACUGUCAAUAACAAACACAAUCAUCAAAUUCCUGUUGGAUCAGUCGGUCGGAGCCAUCUACAAUACUACAUUCUUCAUCACCGUCAUCAAUUUGUUGAAGGGCGCAACAUACACGCAGACCGUUGAAGCUCUGUCGAGGGAUUUUUGGCCAAUGAUUAUUGCAGGGUACAAGUUUUGGCCUCUGGUUUCGAUACUGAAUCUGUCUGUCGUACCUGUCGAACAGAGAAUGCUCGUCGGUGGGUUGGCGGGGUUGGCUUGGGGUGUUUAUGUCAGUCUCAUAGCAAUAUGAGGGUGACGUUCAUUUAUCAAGGGUGUUUUGGGUCAUCUGUGGGUUUUUCGAGCUGUGGUUAUCUAGGGAAAGAAGAAACAAGAUAGCCUGAUAGACUUGUUGGAUCUGCGAGAGUUUUGGGUGGUUGGUGCUGGGGGUGUUGGAUACUGGAUAAGUCAGGAAUGCGCGGUCAACAGUACGAUACGGAUCUUGACGACGACGACGACGAUGAUCAACGAAUGAAUAAAUAGAUACAGCAUAGAUGGAUAAAGGUUCUUGGCUAUUAACGAUAGAUAUUUCAUGCAUAGGUAGACCUCGAGUACUCGUGCAGGGGACGGAAAAAUGGUAACUUGGUGUAUCUCGAAGGAUGUAGGUGGGCAGAGGUUGAGAUUCGCGCAUGAUGCUCAAUAUCACAAAUUCUAACAAGCUUCAGUUACGAAGA